AAAAAUAAAUGCAAUUCAGCCGUCAGCAAAAGAAAACAAAAAUUUACAUAAAAGUAAACAAACAAUAUUAAAUUGUUAAUAAGUCCAAAGACUUUCUAUGAAAAAAGUGAUUAAUUUCGAAAAAGUGAUGUACAAAGGAGUCCACAAGUAGUAUCAAUUUUCUAGUUAAUUAAGUGAAAAUAUUUUAUAACCUUUGCCGUGACUACAGAAUCGCUUUAAAAAUAAAAGCAAUGAGUGCGAUAAGUUUGCAAUUAUUUAUGCACCCUCGCAAUUAUGUCCGUCUUUUGUGCUACGUUAAGAAAUAUCAUAGUUUUGUACCAAAUAUAUUUUAUUACGCUACCACUAUCGACCCGCUAGAUGUGUUUACCCAAGAUUUCCAAAGAAAUAAAUCUAAAAUAGUCAACGUCUUUGAUGUUAAUAACUUAAGAAUUAGGAAAUUCAUGGAAUCAGAAUCAAAUCGAUAUGACGUGUCCAUGAUGAACGAAGAAGAUUUGAAUAAAAUAUUAGAAGAACUUCAGGUCAAAAGUAAAGACAAAGUUGUGAAACAGAUCGUAACAGAUUGUAUAAAUUAUAGUAAGUUUAUUAACGAAAAUACAGUAAAGCGACUCCUCAGGCAUUAUAGUAAUCAUGGAAAAACUGACAUGGUGGCUGUACUUCAAAAAUAUUGUGCAAAGGUUGAUCCCAAUUUUUAUAAGAGAAAUGGAGAAUUCCAACAUUACUCAGCUAAAGCGCAAUGUAUGAGGGGUAACUCAGAAAAAGGUUUGGAAAUAUUAAAACAGUCAUACAGAACACAUGAAAAUUUGAGAACAUUUUACAGGAUAAUAUUUAAAGAACUGAUACAAGAUUCUGUGUUGAAUAGAUCGGAGGCAUCACUAGUUAUAUUUAAAAAGUAUGUGUUGGAAUUUAGUGAGACUUGGGAGGAACAUUAUCCCUUGAUAUGUUUCUGGUAUAUCUGCUGGUCAAGCUCAUGGUUUUCUGACCAAAUGCUGGGCAAUGAGUUGCUGGAAAGUUCUGAGGUUCUUCAAGAUAUUGUUAGGGAUAGAGCCGUAGUUUUUAGUAUAACCAUCCUUAGAGAUUACAACGACGAUGCUGUUGUGAGACUGUUGCAAGUGCUACUCAAGUACAAUAUGAUGGCAGAGUACACCAAAGUUUUACAAGUUCUCUUCAAUUUCAAAUUAAAAAAUCGUGACAUCCGCGGCUGCACAGAGAUCAUCAAGAACUGCGAAGCCCUAGGCGUGACUUUGCCGUCAGAUCAACAAGGGCGAUACAUAAAGAUGCUUAUAACUGGACAACAGACGGAUUCUAAACCUACCGCGUCAAAAAAUACAUCCUCUUUCAAGUUGAAGUUUUAGUUAUAUUUUAGACUGUGAUAAUUAGUAUAGGUUCAUCGAGUAUUAUGGUCAAAACGCGC